UCUACAGUCACAUGGCUAUCGUAGACUCGGAAGCGACGUGACAGUCAUAUGACACCGUGCCGAAAUGACGCCUGUGGAGGCGAAUCGAAAGCUUCAGACUAAAUCGGCGUGAGGUGGAUUUGGGCGACGUUUGUCUUUGGCAAUAUUACGACUCACAGAAUGUGGAUCCUUCCCUUGUUACUGUCCUUCCUGUCCAUUGGUUUGGCUGUGCAUCCCCCUCCACUCUCACAGGAGAUGGUGAAUUAUAUUAACAAAGCCAACACAACAUGGACGGCUGGUCACAACUUCCACAAGGUUGACUACAGCUAUGUGAAGAAGCUGUGUGGAACUCUUAUGAAUGGACCUAAGCUCCCAGUCUUGGAAUCGUAUGCCGGAAACAUCAAGCUGCCUGAUACAUUUGAUCCACGGGAGCAGUGGCUCAAUUGUCCCACCAUCAAGGAGAUCAGAGACCAGGGAUCCUGCGGUUCUUGCUGGGCUUUCGGGGCAUCUGAAGCUAUGUCUGAUAGAAUCUGUAUCCAUAGCAAUGGCAAGGUAAACGUAGAGAUCUCUGCCCAGGACCUGCUGACCUGCUGCAAAGACUGUGGAUAUGGAUGCAAUGGAGGAUAUCCUUCUGCUGCCUGGACAUUCUGGUCCGAGGAUGGGUUGGUAACUGGUGGACUGUAUGAUUCACAUGUAGGCUGCCGACCCUACACCAUCCCACCAUGUGAGCACCAUGUCAAUGGCUCCCGGCCGUCUUGUACGGGAGAGGGGGGGGACACGCCAGAGUGCCUGAUGCAAUGUGAGCCUGGUUACACCCCUCCUUAUAAGCAGGAUAAACAUUAUGGACUGUCUACUUACAAAGUUAAUCCAGUGGAGGCUGACAUCAUGACUGAACUGUACAAGAAUGGACCUGUAGAGGGCGCUUUCUUUGUCUUUGAUGACUUCCUGCUGUACAAGUCUGGUGUGUAUCAGCAUGUGAGUGGCACGGAAGUAGGCGGCCAUGCUGUCAAGAUUUUGGGCUGGGGUACGGAGAAUGGCACCCCGUACUGGCUGGCCGCUAAUUCCUGGAACACAGACUGGGGUGAUAAUGGAUUCUUCAAAAUUUUACGAGGACAGAACCACUGUGGGAUUGAGUCAAUGAUAGUUGCUGGGAUGCCCAAAAUUUAGAGGUCAAUCUAGAAGCAAAUGGGUACAUUGUAACUUUUACUGAUGUCUCUGAAAUGUUUUAUUUUUUUACGUUUAGCCAGUUAGCUAAGGACUUUCUACUCAUCAUUUCAGUGAUAAUUAGAUUGCUAUGAUCAUUUCAAUUUUUUUUAUAUAAAAACAUAGGACAGGUUCCUUCCCAAUCACUCCCCAAAUGGUACUAAACUCUAAAAUGUGCCAAUGAAUUUAUUUAUACGAAUAUUAAGAAUAUGGUGAUAUAUAGAUGCACUUAUUAAUGUGAUUGAAGUUCCAUGUUGCAAAUAUGAUUCUUUUAAAGGCUUUUUUCCUGCGGGGGCGGGGGGG